CGCUCCCCGCCUCCUCCUCACGUGAUGCAGCCGCUCUGCCCCCUCUCACUUCCUGUUCCCGAGAUAGUAACGGCCUCUCCCUCCCCCCCGGAGGAGGAGGGACCUCCAUGCUCUUGCGGAUCGGUGUGACAGUGUCAGGCGCCGGUCGGCCGGUGUCGGUGGCCCGGCUUCCCGGGUAGGCACCAUGCCUGUCAUCUCCGUGGUGCUCCUGGCCUUGCUGCUGCUGGCGGUGUGCGCCCUACUGCUAGGACGAUGGCUGCUUUAUCGCCUGGCCAGUAGCUGGUGUCAGAGGAAACUUGGAGCAGAGUUGAAAAUUGGAAGCCUCGGAUUCUUAUGGUUCCAGAACAUCAGCUUGAAAUUUGGGAAGCAGCAGCAGCAAACCCUGGAGAUCGACAGUAUCUGGAUAUCUAGCAAGCUGCUGAACCAUGAGUUACCCCACUACUUUGCCCUGUGUUUUGGAGAAGUGCGCAUACGAAUUGACCUACAAGGAUUGUUACCACUGAGACCACAGGUUCCUGAUGCUCCAUCUGGAGUUACAUCACAGCAUGCUGAGAAAACAGCCUUUAACCCAUCAAUACUGAAAGUCUUGUCUCAACUACUGUCUGUACACUUGGACUCUGUGAAUAUAAUGGUUCUCAAUGUAGCUUCCUCAGAAUCUCUGUGGCACAUGACCUUAACAAAGACAGCCAUUGUAGUGGUCAGCGAUGGAAAAAGAAUGGACUGCACCCUGAGCCUUAACCAGCUGUCUAGCAAGUUACUGAAGAGCAGUAAGCAGGAUGAGGCCUGUCUGGCAGAGCUCUCUCUUUCUCUUACUCUGGAAUGCAGCAUCAAUGAGAAGAUCUUACAAGCAGUUGGUCUAAAGGUGCGGAGUCUACACACAGAGGUGCAUGAGAGUCUGUUCCACAGUGACUUGCUCCAGAAAAGACUGGUUCCAGCAGUUCAGGCUAACACUGAAGAGAGCAGCAGCACAGAGGAACAAACAAACACAGGAGACAUGACGGCACCUAAGUGGCUGCAGCUUGUAGAGCGAUUACCAUGCAGACUAGAUGUAGGGUUUGAGAGCAGCACUGUUGUCCUGUCUAUGAACAGUCAACAAAGGCACUUGAACUGGACACUGAAACUGCUGAAGUUUUAUUAUUCACGGGAGGAGGAUCAGCUGCCCAUGAGAAAGUUCAUAGGCACCUCAGAACUGGCACAAAUGAGCUCUGAACUCCUAAUAGAAGAUGGUUUGUUGCUGUCACAAAGCCGACAAAGGAUCCUAUGCCUAAAUCAUUUGAAGGCUGAUGUUCAGGUCACUUCUAUUGAUAUCCAGAGUAACAUGGCUCUUAAUACUUGCAUCAUUCAUUACCGCCACCAGGAGUUCUCUCAUUGGUUCAGCUUGCUGGCGCUGGAUCGCCAAAUACAGAGGGUCUCCAAAGCUUCAACCAAAAAUAAUCGACCACUUCCUGUGAUAUUAGCUCCUAUAGUUUUCAACUCCAACAUCUCUAAUGUCAAUGUGUCUGUCCAGCUGGAUGAAGCACAACCGUUUGCUGUUGGAUUUUCAUCUGUUUCACUGGAGUUCAAGCACCUGCAAACACAGAAUCUCCACCAGAGGGCUCUACUCUCUGUAAGCAACCUCUGCUGGAGAGUGGGCAAAGAUUCCCACAUCCAGCAAGCCCUGCACCCACCAAAUACACAUGUAUGGGGUGAGGCUUUUGUGCUUGAUUCUUUUAGCUUACAGGGCAGCUACAACCAAUCACUGGGUGUAGGAAUCCUACAAGCCGAUACACUCUUCAUAGAAUCCACUGUGCAAGGACUGCAGGUUGAGUUUUCAGAUACAUGUGCAGAAUGUCUCUCCUGUGUACUGAAUCUUAUGCCUGUAGCAUCUAAACAUCCUCUGCCAGCCUCACAAGACCCGCUCCCUUCUAUUUCUCCAUGUGGGGAGCUUGGCAGCAAGUUGGCCCUUCUCUGGAAAGUGGAUGCCAGGGUGGAGGACGUGAACUUGUUUACAUUGUCCACUUUAGUGGGUGCUGCACGGGUGAGGAUAGACCUACUUACCCUAAUAGGAAGCGCAGAGAGCUGCAGUCUGAGCCUGCAAGGUGUCACUGCAUCUCUUUUGAAGUCAAUCACUGAAAAAUUGGAACCAUGUUGUAAGGCUGUGGACCAGACUGACCAAUUGCUCUACCUCUCCAUUUUGUCCGUUUCUUACCACACCACUAUUCAGGCUUUAGAGGUGCAGUGUCAGGAGGAGCUGGUCUUGCACUGGAGUCCUUGGGAUCACAUGUAUUUGUAUCAGCACACAUUGUCUGCUCUGCAGAGCAGGGAUCUGCUGAUCACAACCUUAGACAGGAGAGCUCAGUUGUCUGUCAGACAUUUUUCAGACGAGUGUUCACCUCAGCAGUCACAAAAUCCAGUUGUAGAAAGUCCAGGCCUUCAUCGGAAGGGGAUGCAGAUAACAGUUGAGUUGAGUUCAGUGAAGCUACAUACUGCUGUUUGCAAGGAGAAUUAUUUCCUAUUCACAGCUCACAAGAUCUGGCUCAAUCAGCAUGGAGGCUCCUAUCAACUGCAAUCUCCUGAAGUAACAGUCAAUGCCGAUGGCCACAAUAUCUUUCUGUUUAAAGAGGUUGAGGCACAGAGAAUACCUGAAUUGGAGGAGAUGUUGUUACAUCGAAGCCAAUUUAGCUCUCUUGGCACCGAGAGGAACCCUGCAUGGGUUCUGUAUAUUACCAGUGUUUCCAUUGAGUUUCCUCAUGGAUAUGACUUUUCCUGUAUACUUGAUGAGGCAAUAGGGGUGCAGAAGUGGCUGAAAGGUCUCCAUCGUUCUCCAAGGACUCAGCCGGAGCCACUUCCUCCAGACCUUGUACUAAAAGUUAAACAGUUUUCAUUUGCAUUCUUGGAUGAUGUCUUUGAGGUGAAAUUAAGAGAUAAUUAUGAGCUAAUGAAAGAUGAGAGCAAGGAGAGUGCCAAGAGGUUAAGACUGCUCGAUGACAAGGUUGCUGCUUUGCGCAAACAACAUGGGGAAUUAUUGCCAGCCCGAAAAAUUGAAGAGCUUUACACCUCCUUGGAAAAGAAGAACAUAGAAAUCUACAUCCAGCGCUCCCGUCGCCUUUACAGCAAUACUCCCAUGCGGAAGUCUAUUCUAACCUGGACUAUGUCAGAUCUUGAAAUAGUGGCCUUAGCAGAUGAGACUCUGCAUGGGCUGGACAAAGUGUUGGAGAAUAUGAGGGACAUUGACAGCAUCAGUCCUUUCCCGCCUGAGGGGCUACCCCUUGUGAUCCAGUGGUGCCGCAUGAUGAAGUGCUCUCUCAAAACAUUUUAUGUGCGCAUCCGUGACUAUCCUAGAUAUCUCUUUGAGAUCCGGGAUUGGCAUCUUUCUGGGAGACUGCUUGGGACUGAGCAGGUUGGACAAGCCAGCGCUCGCAGAAAGCAAGUUGUACAUUUAGGGGCUCCAUGGGGCGAUUCAACAGUGGAGAGGAACAUGCCACCCCUGAAAUUCUUCCAUGACUUUCACUCUGAAAUUCAGCUAUACACCAUAGUUUGGGGACCAUGUUGGGACCCAGCCUGGACAUUGGUAGGACAGUAUGUGGACCUUCUUACCAAACCUUCUGUGGAUCCCAGUGCUCCACUCCCAUGGUGGGACAAGAGCAGACUGUUGCUUCAUGGACAUUUCAGCAUGGACAUUGAACAAGCCAAUCUUCAUCAACUGGCAACUGAGGACCCAUAUAAUACCACAGAGAACAUGCACUGGGAGUGGAACAGACUUAAGUUUGCCUGGAAUCCUGGGCAGUUUAUCUUCAAAGGGGACUUAGAUGUCAAUGUACGCACAGCUUCCAAGUAUGAUGAUUGCUGUUUCCUUCACUUGCCCGACCUCUGUAUGAUCUUCGAUAUGCAGUGGCUGUGCCAUGGAAACCCACAUGAUCACCAUAGUGUAGCACUUCGCUCCCCUGACAGCAUUGCAGAAUUCUCUGCCAUUCAGCCUCAUGAUUCUUAUCGUGCCUUCCGCUCUGAGAACCUCAUACUUUCAAUCAAAAUGGAUUUAACCCAGUCCCAUGCUGAAGUCUGCCAGCCUCGCAUCUUGGUUUAUAGCAGUACCUUACGCUGGAUGCAGAAUUUUUGGGCAACAUGGAGCAGUGUGAGUCGCCCUAUCUGCCGUGGAAAGCUUUUUAAUAACUUGAAGCCUGGGAAAAAGAAGCUGGGUCAGCACUAUAAGCAGCUUUCAUACACCGCCUUAUUUCCACAACUGCAGAUCCACUACUGGGCAUCAUUUGCACAGCAGCGUGGAAUUCAAGUUGAGUGCAGCCAGGGUGAAAUCUUUACCCGUGGAGUGCAAAGGCUUAUCCCACAAGCUGGCACAGUAAUGCGUCGCCUUAUCUCAGAAUGGAGCGUGCCACAGAUGACCAGCAAACUGAGCCUAGUAACUGUGCAUCUGAUGGCUUCAGCUUGUGAUGAAAACGCAGACCACCAGAUAGACAAUCUUGUGCAGAAAACCCAUCUGCUUAGCCUUUCUUCACUGAGUUAUGAAAGGCAGGAAUUGUCUGCCACUGGUGAGGAGAACCCAACCUACACCCAUCGCCUUCACCUUGUUGAUCUUCGUGCAUCAUGGACAACGUUAAAUAGAGAUAUCGCAUUUGGACUGUAUGAUGGUUACAAAAAAGCAGCCAUACUGAAGCGUAAUCUUUCCACAGAGGCCUUAAAAGGACUGAAAAUUGACACUCAGUUGCAAGCUAAAAAACUAAAACGAGGCUCCAUGCGCAGCUUUCCUCCACCCAAAAAAGUUGCACCUCCUGUUGUUACUGGACGGGCUGAGAGAUCUCCAUCAGGAGGAGCAGACAUGCUGCAGAAGCUCAUUGAAGAGACCGAUAAGUUUGUUGUUUUCACAGAAGAGGAUCCUGGAGUGAGUGAACAGUUGUGUGGCAAAGCUGCCUGUCAAGACAAAGAUAUCUAUAACCACAACUGGCUCAUUGAGCUGGUAAAUUGCCAGAUGGUGCUUCGAGGAGCAGAAACUGAAGGUUGUGUGAUUGUAUCUGCAGCAAAAGCCCUGCUCUUGCAGUGCCAGCACCAACCUUCCUGGUAUGGAGACACCCUGAAGCAGAAGACAUCAUGGACUUGCCAGCUUGACAGCAUGCAGUACUUUGCUACCACUGAGAGCAGUCCAAGCGAUGGAGAGGAUGGGCAACGCUGGCUGGAGGUUAAGAACAUUGAGGAGCAUCGUCAUAGGAACCUGGACUCUGUGCAGGAGCUCAUGGAGAGUGGCCAAGCUGUUGGAGGCAUGGUCAGCACCACCACAGACUGGAGUCAACCAGCAGAGGCUCAACAAAACCAGCAAAUGCAAAGAAUAAUCUCUCGCUGUAAUUGCCACAUGUACUACAUCAGCUACAGUCACGAUAUAGACCCUGAGUUGGCUUUGCAAAUUAAACCUCCCUCAAUGCCACUACACCCAGAAAAGGAAGACUUGCUGAAAGGUCAAGAAGCUGCUGCUGAUACUUUUACUUUAAAACACCAGCACCUAGAAAUCUCUACCAACCCAGCACAAUAUGCCAUGAUCUUGGAUAUUGUGAACAAUUUGCUUUUGCAUGUGGAGCCCAAACGAAAGGAACACAGUGAGAAAAAGCAGCGUGUGCGCUUCCAGUUGGAGAUCUCCAGUAACCCUGAGGAGCAGCGAAGUAGCAUUCUACAUCUCCAAGAGGCUGUCCGCCAACAUGUGUUGCAAAUACGACUGCUGGAGAAGCAGAUGUACUCUGUCGUAAAGUUGCUUCACGAUGAGAGCAAGAAUGAGUGUCUGCACGAGCAACACCAUAAGCUGCAGGGACAGCUCUUCCAGGAGAAGAUGGACUUACAGCAGAAGAGUGAAGAACUGAACAUCCUCAUCAGGUGCUUUAAAGACUUCCAGCUGCAAAGAGCAAAUAAGAUGGAAUUGCGUAAACAGCAAGAAGAUGUGAGCGUGGUUCGUCGUACUGAAUUCUACUUUGCACAGGCGCGAUGGAGACUCACUGAGCAGGAUGGACAGUUGGGCAUUGCAGAGCUAGAGUUGCAGAGGUUUCUGUAUAGCAAGGUCAACAAGUCUGAUGACACUGCUGAGCAUCUGCUAGAACUUGGCUGGUUUACUAUGAACAAUCUGCUUCCUAAUGCAGUUUAUAAGGUGGCGCUACGGCCUCAGAGUCCUGCUCAAUCUGGCAGACAGCUUGCUUUAAGACUGUACAGCAAAGUCCGACCUCCUGUGGGAGGCAUCUCCAUAAAAGAACACUUUGAAGUGAAUGUGGUUCCUCUUACAAUCCAGCUCACCCAUCAGUUCUUUCAUAGAAUGAUGGGAUUCUUCUUCCCAGGACGCAGUGUAGAAGAGGAGGAGGUUGGAGAUGAGGAGGAUAAAUCAAAACUUGUUACAACAGGCAUGCCGGUAGUAAAGCCGCGACAGCUCAUUGUGGCAGAGGAUACUGUCUCUCUAGGCCCAGGCAAGGGUAGUGGACAGGGUUUAAAUAGGACAACUGGAGUUAGACGUUCAUUCCGGAAAGCACCAGAGCAUCCUGUCGAUGAUCUGGACAAGAUGAAAGAGCGAGCUGCCAUGAACAAUUCAUUCAUCUACAUUAAAAUCCCACAGGUGCCUCUCUGUGUCAGCUAUAAGGGUGAGAAAAACAGUGUAGACUGGGGAGAACUGAACCUAGUGUUACCAUGUCUGGAGUAUCACAACAAUACCUGGACAUGGCUCGACUUUGCCAUGGCAGUGAAGAGAGACAGUCGGAAGGCCCUUGUGGCACAGGUCAUUAAGGAAAAACUACGUCUUAAACCGGCUGCUGGUGCAGAAACAAAAGGGAAAAGUGAGACAAAGACAGAUAUGAAUCAACAGGAGGAGGAUGAGAAAGCUCGGCUACUGAUCGGACUUAGCGUUGCUGAUAAGAACACUGGAAAGAAAUCCAUAUUCAGCAGAAGAAAAAUGUGAAAACUGGAACUGUACAGGCUUUUGUGGAGAAUUUUAGAAAACUAGUUUCAAGGAUUUUGUGAUAGAAGCUACAGUCUAAGUUAUCCUGUCCCUGGCAGGAUUCAGGAUUAGCUGUUAAUGAGAAGACGUUAAGGAUUUUGUUCUUUCAUAGGACAAAAAGUAAAUAAAUGUGGGGCAUUAAGUCUCUAGCUAUGCUGCAGUACUGAUGAUGAGGGACAACAGAGCGCCUUACACUAGAUCCCCCCCUCCUUUUUACUUUUUACAUCCUUAAAGACAAUGCAACUAAAACUCAGUCAGAAAGUACAUUCAGUGAAUGUUAUAUGGUUGACAAUGUUAGAUGUGGGUCAUAGAAGUAAAGCCUUUCCAUGUGCCUAUGGCAACUGUCCAACCAAAAGUAGGGGCUCACACCAAGGACACUAUAUGACAUAAAGUUGUAGGACCAGAAAAGCCAGAUUUACACUGUGCGGUAAUGUUUUCAAUGUCUAUUGACAUUUUUUAUUGGGUAUUCUAACCCAUUACUGGCAGUGGCACUAGAAGGCAAAAGGGUUUGUUAAAGUAGAUUGACAUUGACUAUACCCUAUUUCCUAAUGCUGUGCAAAGUCAAUAACUUACAGCUGCUAAGGGAGGAAGUCUCCACAACCAGUUACUGCCCAGCAAUAUAAGUCUGGGUAACGCAGCAACUAUUGCAAAUUACCCUAGUCAUGCAUUGGUGAGACAGAACCCUUUGACGCAUUAAUAUUUUGGGCCCAAAAUGUGGGCCCUAUGCUUUUUUAAACACUUUGCUGCCAUUGCGUUGGUUCUCUUACCUCGCGAUAACUCCAUUGCUGCCAGAAGAUUCUUUAUACAGUCUGAACUCACUAGCCGCAGAAGUGAGAAGAGUUUCGUUAAUAUGAAUAUAGCUUCCUGAUAACAAAGCAAAUAUUUAUUUUUCAAGAGAUUACUUUGUAACAAAUAAUCCAAAUGUCAUUGUUCAGUUGAUGACUUUUUUUUGCCUUUUUUCCUCCUCUAUGCACUGUCCCCUGUUUUUUAUUUUAACAGGUAGUGUUGUGUAUUUCUGGGUUUAUCCUCUGCAACAUAGGUGGGAAUGGAUUUUAUUUUGUCACAAUGCAUCUAAUGAUUAUGGUGUAAGAGCAUUUAUAGAGGUGGUGUUUAACUUUUUAUAAAUGUGUAUAUACAUAUAUAUAUUUAUAUGCAUUGAGGCAGGGCUGGGUGCAGUUGUUGCUGCUACAUAGGUGUAUAAAAUCCUGCUCUCAUCUGCAGACAUUUGCACUUUUUUGGUACGGAUUGCUCUCCACCAACAAUGAUUAAAAUCUAAAUUGUUACUUUUAAGACAA